AUGAAACGACUAUUAUGGCUGCUAUUUCUGGGAUUCUGCGUAGCGAGCACUAUCGCCGAUUGUACAGUGGAAACGCAUCUAGGCCUUAUACAAGGUACAGAAAUACAGUCCGAUUCCGGUAAGGUGAUUCGUGCAUAUAAAGGAAUACCUUAUGCGGAACCACCCGUUGGAAAACUGAGGUUUCAGCCUCCAGUUCCAAAGAAACCAUGGGACGAUGUUCUGAACGCAAAUAAAGACCAUUGCCAGUGCCCACAGUUCGACCAAGGGAGGGUAAAAGGAAGUGAGGACUGCUUGUUCUUAAAUGUGUACACUCCAGAGGAUAAACCGGCGUCUCUGUUACCUGUUUUCGUGUUUAUACACGGUGGCAAUUUCGUGAGUGGAAAUGCCAGUACACACUCCGUCGGACCAAAAUACUUGCUCGACAAACCAAUCGUGGUCGUGACUAUCAAUUAUCGGUUGAACAUCCUUGGAUUUUCUAAUUCCGGUGAUAAUGAGGCGCCUGGGAAUUGCGGUUUGAAGGAUCAACAGCUGGCGCUUCAGUGGGUAAAAGUUUUCGCCGAAAUCACAAGUGGUUUCAACACCACAAAAUACGAGUACUUCACAAUAUCACCAUUAUUGGGUGUACCAAUGGACUUAUUUAGAUCUUGGAUUGGGGAAAGUGGAAACGUUCUUUGUCCACAAGCUUUCAACGAUGAUCCAUCGUACUAUGAGCUUCCGAAGAAAGUUGCGAAAAUUUGCAAUUGCACGACAAGCAAUAACCGCGAGAUGGUCGAAUGUCUUCAAAAUGUAAAUGUGUCGACAUUAUUAGAAGCAUCGUUGUUGAUCUUCGAUGACAUAGAUAUCGCGGCAGAGACGACAUGGGCACCCAGUAAGGAAAAAGUUGCACCCGACGCGUUCAUAACGGACACUCCAGAGAAUUUGUUACGGAAACAUAAGAUGAAGUACAGCCCGGUGAUACUCGGAAAUGUCCAGGACGAGGGAACGUUCUUCACCAAAAAGUUGCUAGAUGAUCAGAAAUUAUAUGAUCAGUGUGUAAAGGAGCCAGUGUCUGUAAUAGCAAAAUUGCUCCGUUCCUACUCGCCAGCGAGGGGAAAGAAUCGUACUAAACUAGCUGUGGAGUUAAAGAAUUUCUAUCUGGGCGCUGAACUGCCGACCGACAAGGAAACUGUAAUCAGAAAAUACACGGAACUUGCGUCAGAUCUCUUCUAUUGGAAUCCGUUACAGCAGUUGUUGAGAUAUCUCCGAAACAUCAACGGGGAGUCACUGUACGCUUACAACUUCUGCUAUCACGGAACUCUUACUGGAACUUUACCAUUCGGAGGCGAAUUGAGUAAAACUGGCGUCGCACAUGGGGAUGACCUGUUUUACGAACUCUCCAUUUCCGGGGCAUUCCUCGGCUCGCAGUACGCUAACUUGAAGCGGUCAGAAAAUGAUCUCAAAAUCCGCGAUAUCUAUAUCGACUUGUGGAUCAGCUUUGUUUCUUCCGGUAAACCUACGUCACGUCGAUUGGACGGUCCGAAUGCAUGGCAGCCACAAGGAAACAAUACCGAGAGAAAUCUUCAAAUCGGAGAUGGCACCAGCACAACGGUCACUAUGAAAGAGAAAUAUCCCGGUAGAUUCAAAUUUUGGGACAAGAAUAUGCCGAAAUAUUGUUUGUAGUCGAAUUAAGAUGUGCAAUAUACGAAACCAACGUCUCCUCGAAUUAGAAGCAACUGGCGGAAUAUACCUCUGAAGAAUAAUAUUAACCAUGCUUAUUAAACCAAAUUAUAUUUACAAUAAAGGGGACAUAAUUAUUAGCAUAUGA